AACAGUCAUGUCUGCUGUGGACAAAGUGUUUGUUUUGGGAGGUGGACGACACCACGUUCCACGCGGAGGGGGGCGUUUUAAACAAAACACUUCAAUAAUACAGAAAUGAGCUUCAUAUUAUUAAACAUAGCUGAUUUUAUUCUCCCACCACAGGACAGACAGACAGACAGACAGACAGGCUUCUCUUCCAUUGGAGGGGAGGGAGACACACGAGGGGGAGGAGGUGAAGUGAGGGGGGGUUGUUUAACAAUUCCACUAACCGUCUUUAUGCCCUGUUUAUCCGCCAUACAACACCCUCCCGCCCGGUAACGACACCAAACUAACUUCCUGGAUGCGGUGCGGGGUUACCCGGCGGGAUUCACGGGCUGAGCGGCGACCGCUGCCGUUGUCCGCGCGGGCUCUUCUCCUCCUCCUCCUCCUCCUCCUCCUUUUCCUCCUCCCUGUGGAUGGUGCGCAAUAAAAAAAAAUCACCCGGAGAGGCCGAGGCCGACAUUUUACCCCGGUCCGGAGGAGCCUUAACUCCAAGGGGACAUCCGAGGACACGCUGUGAGGCUGGGAGGCGGAGAGCUGCAGGACUGCGACAUGUGAAACAAGCUCCACCCCUUGACCCUCACAACUCUCGACUUAACAGAACACACUUGAUCCUGCGCUGUGACUGCGGCCUGACGCCCUCCUGCCUCGGGCAUGCCUCAGCCGGGUAUGAAUGGGAUGGAGCCUGCGUUUGGCGAGGCAUAUGGGGGACACAGGGGCUUGCUGAGCCCCUAUCCUCUGGCUAUGUCGCCACAAGGGGGCAGGACUGAGUAUGAUCAGAGCGUGCUCCUCAUGCUGGGCUCCCCGGCGUCACCACGGAAACGGCCCUUCGAGUUGCUUAGCGACCUGGUGGACGAUGGUGGCUUCGGCGAGGACCUACACCCGGAACGCUGGGACGUGUCUGCGCUGGAUGAAAUGGCUAGAUAUACCAAGCUGGGCCUCGGCGUAGGAGGGGAGCUGCUGGCCUGCUCCGAGGAGGCCGUCCUGAUAGGCCGCUGGGGGAGGAGCCAGGAGGAGGAAGAGGAGGAGGAAGAAGACCGGAAGAGGAGGAAUAGACACAUGCCACCUCCCAUUACCCAGGAAGUCCAAGCCAUUGCCGUGGGUAAGGAAGUAGGGCGAAUGUCUGUUGCCGUGACAACGGGAAGGGAGUUUUUCGUUGCAGAAAGAUUGGUGGAAAGAGGUCAGGAUGGCGGGAUGUCAAAGGAGCGUAUGGUGGAGGUGUAUCAGGUGGCACAGGAGGAAGAGGAGGCAGUUGCAGCAGUGGCCGCAGGUUUGGCUCUGGAGCACUGCAGCGAGGAGCACAACUACUCCCUGAGCCAGGGAGGAGAGCCAGCAGCAGCUCACAGCUCUCAGACUGAGGAGGUGCAAGCUGUGGAGAUACAGCAGCAGGAGGUGCGGGGCGGGGAGGAGAGCCAGGCCAAUACUAAGCUACAUCUGGAGGACGAGGAGCAAGAGGAAGGCGGGGAGGAAGAGGAGGACGAGGACGAGGAGGAUGAAGGGGAGGAGGAAGAGGAGGGAACAGAGGAGACGGCAGUGGAAGCUGAACUCUCCAGCUCCUCAGAAAGUGAAUGUGAGGUGGAGGCGGAGCCAGCCAGGCAGCCAGGGGAGCGGCCACCGAAGCGCCGCUGUUUCUGGGAGUACAGACGUGCUCGAGAGUCGGCCACGAAGAAGAAGCUGAGCGGAGACGUGCACUGGUCUCUGUCCUGGAGCUCCAGCACUUUACCCAGCACACUGUACCGCAGAGAAGGCAAAAAAGGACGCCGCAAAGCUCGCAAGACAGACGCCAGCGACUUGACCCCAAACCCCCAGAAGCUCCACAACAUCGGGGAGCAGCUGCAGAAGCUCAACGCUGCCAUAGACGGCAUGGGUCCGGUCAACGACCUCCCCGCUGUGGCUCGGGCACGUUCGAGAAAGGAGAAGAACAAGCUGGCCUCGAGGGCGUGUCGGCUGAAGAAGAAGGCCCAGCAUGAAGCCAACAAGAUCAAGCUGUGGGGGCUCAACCAGGAGUACGAGAACCUGCUCGGGGCUUUGCUGCGGAUCAAGGAUGUGAUCAGACGACGGGUGGAGAGCAGCGAGGAAGAGGACACAGACGAACGAGGAAUGACCCAGCGCCUGGAAGACAUCCUCCGGGAGUCCAACGGGCCUUUAGUCGCCGGACGGACCAAAGACUUUGUGCAGAGGAUUUUGGCAGCCAGCGCGGGCAGUCAGAACCAGCGCAAAGACCCCCCGCAGGAAGGAGGGACAACGGGGUAAAUUCUCUCAGCACCCGCCUCCUCUCCCCUUUUCCUCCUUACUCUUCCUGCACCAACCAACCUGACCUGAUGGGGCUUCUCCUCACCUUCACCUCCACACUGUCAUGUUGUUAAAGUAAGAGCAAAGAGGUGAAGCAGAGGCUGGGAAAUAGAGGAGGAGGAGGAGGAUGAGGAUGACGAGGACGAGGACGAGGAGGAAUAAGGAGUAGCCUAAACAAAACAGGAGUAAAUUGCCACCCUGCUCCCUGUCCUCCUCCAAACAGCAGCCUCCUCCUUCACUGGUCUAACGGCUGCACCACAACCACCACCAGGCCAGAGCUGCUGCUGCUGCUGCUGCUGCUGCUGACGUUUUUGUGUUCUGUCUGUUUCUGUGUGUGUGUGUGUGUGUGUGUGUGUGUGUGUGUGUUGGACAUGUACUUAUACUGUAUGAACAUAUGUGACAUACUGUAUAGUGUUCUUCUCUCCCUCCAUGUGCUGUAUUUGUACCCCAUUGUGCCUCUGAAUAGACAUUGCACUGUUUUGUAGAUGGUUGUAGUUGUCAGCAGGGAGCGGUAGUGAGCUGAGGGCGAGGGGGCGUCUGAGGUCACAGGAAGUGCUAAAAUAAGGAAGUGGGAGGAGCCCAGGUCAAGAAAACAACUAGACGUGUGUGCAUGUGGGUUGUUUUUGAAUAUGACUGGGCUCCUAUAGAAACACUACAUACAGGACUAAGCAAGUGACAGCUGUGUGUGUGUGUGUAUGUAUGUGUGUGUGUGUGUGUGUGUGAAAAAGUAAAAGUCCUCACACCAUCAAAAACAUAAGAGAAAACUGCACCUUAAUUCAAACUGACCAAAGAUAAGUGAGACUGCUGAAUCACUGAUGCUGCAACCAUCACCACAUCGUGACAUCACCACAUCGUGACAUCACCACAUCGUGACAUCACCACAUCACAUCACAGCAUUAAUCACACAUACUUUAAUGACUUAUUUUGUAGUGUGGAAUGUUACAAUAGUCUUGAUCAAGUGAUAUUACUUACACAGAGAAAAACUAACCCAUUUAUUAUUAACCAAUGGUUAAUAUAAUAAUUUGGUUAUUAACCAAAAUUAACCAAUUUUAACCUUCAACAUAAGAAUAUUGGAUUGGACCCGUGUUUCACAGGUAACAGCGUGAACACCCCCCUUGUUUUCACUAUUUUGGAUUAGCCCAACUCACACAGGGUGAAUGUAAAUCCUGGGGCCCGGGGCCCGAGGACCGGCCCCGCAGACGUACUUAGCUCCGUGUGUGGAGCUUCAGGACACAUUUAAAACACACACAGCUCUUGGCAUGGCUGCUUUUUGGGGUAUAAUUAACAAACGGAGGCUGUUGAAAGUCGACAGGGGGCGCUGGUUUAUGAAAUAAUGUUGUUUUAGCAGCUCGCCUCAGGAUGAGCUAGCAUGGUGCUAACGGCUAACUCGUGCUCGCUGUGCGGCUUCGUAGCCUCUGAAAUAUCAGUAGCACACACACACUUGUUGUGAUCAUGUGAUCUACAUGCAUCCAACACGCAGAGCCCACGUGAUCACAACAGGCGCUGCUGGAGCGGAAUGGACUGUUGUUUUCAGACUCCAUUAUAUUGGAGAUUUUAGAGGCCGUCCGAUAUAAUCCUAUAUGCGUUUUUUGGCUGAUAUUGGAGCAAUAUCCAAUAUCGGAUCGGAAUAUGACAUCAUGACAUCAUGACAUCACCACAUCACCACAUCAUGACAUCAAAACAAAUGAAGGAACAAAGGAUGACAUCACUGACUUAAAGCCCCUUAACCUGAAUGCAGUGUGCGUGCGUGUGUGUGUGUGUGUGUGUGUGUGUGGAGCCUGGUACUCCUCAACCACAUGACUUUCACUCCAGUAAUUGUGUAAAUGAUGAGUUUUACAUAGUUCUAUCAGUUUGAUAUAAUUCCACAGCUCGUCUCGGUAGGUCGGUUGUUGAGUGUGACGUAUUCAAAGCCACAGCCGGUGCUUUACCGACAACAGAGACUGUGUGAACUUUAGCAGUGGCUUCAUUUUCAGCCUAAAAGGGAACGUGCCCUCAGUGCCUUCCCCAAGCCCUCUCCUCAACCCCUGCCCUGGUUAUGUAGCGCACCUUCCUGAAUUGCAAUGACAAAUAGAUGGAAAAAAAAAACAAAAAAACACUUGUAGAUCUAGAAAGCAAAUACAUUUAUUUGUUUUGGCUUUUUUUAUAUUAUUAUAAUUGUUAUUGUUCUGAUUUUGUUUUUGUUUUUUUGGCAAUGCCACAGCCCACAGAGAGAGAUGAAAUCUGUGGUCUUUGCUGAAGCUGUAGACUAACUUAUACACGGUCUCUAAACAUUGUCUGACAUAAAAUGUCAAGGACCCUUUUGAUUUGCACUGUGGUCAGAGCAACUAAGCACCUUUUGAAGUGUUCCUCCAAAAGAGAAUAACAAAGACUCUUGGCACCUUUUCUUUCUUCUUCUUCUUCUUCUUCUUCUUCUUCUUCUUCUAAAGACAGAUAAUGAUUGAGACACUGUCUAAUGUCUAAUGUUCUGGGAUGGUUUCAGUAAAGUGCGACUGUGUGACAGACCAAACUAAAAGCAUCAGGCAGUAACCCUGUGGGCUCUUAUUGUUGUAACAGGCAGUUGUUUUUCUGAAGUGCCUGAAGCUUAAAGCCACAGGGAUCUGUGCCGUUAUGCCUGAUCUGAAACCGACGACUACUGCUCCAGGCUUCAACCAAAAUAUUCUCCUCUCAGAUUAAACCCAAGCUGGAACUGGUUUCUGUGAACAUCAUCUCUGGGCUAAAUAAUCCUCUUAUGUUUUUCAACCUUGACAAGCUCCUGACUUGGCUGCAUUCCAAAGCCGUUUGCCUGAUUUCCUGCCACAGCCUGAGAGAGGAGCCGUUCUUUCACUUGUGGUCGGUGUGAAAGUUCAGGGCAGUUUACUGUGUCUUUUUUUUAUGAAAUUUGAGAAAUGUAGGCUCAUGCUCGUGUGAGUACAGAACUGUACUGUAAACAGGAUUCCUGUCGAUGAUCUGGAAAAGUCUGAGUCUGUGAGAGGCUCAUACAUGACUGAGGCUUUUCAAACACAGCCAUAGAACCCUGGUCAGGUUUGGCUGUGUUUGAUUUCACGGCAAUAAAAACUAAAAAAGAGAUGGGAUGUAAAAAGGUGAAAGGUGCUCUCUGCGCUCUUCCUCCUGCUGAGAAGGCGGAGAAGAGUCGCAUGAUCUGUCACAUGAUCAGCAGCCUCGCUCACAUGCCGUCACACAGCAGCAAACAAAACAACAAACAAGUGUACACAUGAUUUAAAUGUUGUGUCUGUGAAUACAUUAGUGGUUACGCAACACAAAACAAUAACUGCUAUAUGCAUUUAUCUUUAUGCCAAAACUUAGACUGAAGAGGAAACUGUUGUAAAACAGUCAAUUCAUGAUCCUGUGAAAGAUGCUGCUGGAUGUGAUGUGACUAAUGUGAGAACAUGUCAAGGUUUUAGUGAUUUCCUCUUCAUAACAUGGUACGUCCCUUAAACUGUGAGGCUGUCGUAGGGAGGGGCCAAAUGUCUCUGCUUUACAUUCCUGACUGAGUUUUGUGUGUUUGGACCUGGAAGAAGGAGGACGACGAUCUGCUGUUUGACCACGUCUCUGUGUCCUCCUUCAUGAUGAUGGUCGUGAUGGGGUCAACUGAGGAGACAGAAGCAACACUCUGACCUAAUAUAGACAAAUAAUAUGACCCUUACACUCUGAUCUCUGUGUGUUCACCUGCAUGUACACCGUCGUGUUCACCUGCGUGUUCACCGGCGUGUUCACCUGCGCGUUCACCUGCGCGUUCACCUGCGCGUUCACCUGCGCGUUCACCGUCGUGUUCACCUGCGCGUUCACCUGAGUGUUCACCUGAGUGUUCACCUGAGUGUUCACCUGGGCGUUCACCUGCGUGUUCACCUGCGCGUUCACCUGUGUUCACCUGCGUGUUCACCUGCGUGUUCACCUGGGCGUUCACCUGAGCGUUCACCUGCGCGUUCACCUGAGCGUUCACCUGGGCGUUCACCUGCGUGUUCACCUGCGUGUUCACCUGCGUGUUCACCUGAGUGUUCACCUGAGUGUUCACCUGAGUGUUCACCUGAGUGUUCACCUGUGUCAAGGCUGACAUGUUUUUACACGUCUGAUCCACUGAGCUCAGUGUCAUUUAACCUGAAAACAGACGAUUCAUGUGGAACCAAACAUUCCUGACAGUCAUAGUUAAAAAAAAAAAUUUCAGAGCAUCAAACUUUAAUAGAGCUGCUGCCUUCAGAGAACUACAACUGUCACUUUAUUUUCUCUCCCUUGUUGAAAGACUUGACCCGUCCACUCCAAUGACCACACUGUGUACAUGUUAGUUAGUAACACUGUGUUCCAUUUACAUCGGAACAUGGAGCCGGGAGUGAUGUCACCUCUGAGUUCACUGCAGAGGGAAAUUCCGGGAGAGUCAUUGUCAACAAUACUUGUCAUUAAUACAUUUUUACAGUUUCAGAGUUUGAAAUUUUGAGUCACAAAUGGAAAACAGUAUUUGCUCUUAUAAGGUAAAAAUGCCUUCAUGGACGUAAUCACCCUACAUAAACGGCUUUUCUUUGAGCUUCUUUGUUCUCAGUUUUUUAGUUUAUUGUUGCUGCCUUAACACUUUAUCUUCUAAUAAUAAUAAUAAUAAUAAUUUCCGUCAGGCUUUUACAAGUAAAUAUCUCAGGUCAGUCAGUUUAAUUUUGAAUUGACCAAAUGCAAAUAAGCCAUGUCAUUCUUCUAAUGUUACUAGUUUAUACAUGUGACAUUUUAAAGUCGUAAGAAUGAAUUGAUUAGAAGUUCAAAUUGUUACAUAAACAGUUGUUACAGUCGG